AUGUCGCUCUUUGUUCUCGCCGAGACGCCCGCAGGCUAUGGCCUGCUCAAGGCGACCGACAAGAAGAUGCUCAAGAACGCCGACCUCGCUGCUGAGCUCGGAAAGCCGGAGCGCCUCGUCGAGAUGCUGAAGCUCAAGAAAUUUGUCAAGUUCGACAGCGCCGCCAUGGCCUUGGAGGAGGCCGCCGCCGUUAGCCAGGGCCAGAUUCCUCCCCUGCUGAGCUCUCUCUUGGAGGACCUGCAGGCCGAGAAGAAGGCUUCCCUGGCUGUCGCCGAUCUCAAGUUGGGCACUGCCAUUUCCAACAUGCCCAGCCUCAACAUCACGCCCGUGGCUGGCUCCAACACAAUGGACCUUUUCCGAGCCGUUCGCGAACAUGUUUCGUCUCUUAUCCCCGGCCUCGAGCAGGACGUGCUUGACCGCAUGAGCCUUGGUCUUUCGCACUCAAUGUCCCGACACAAGCUCAAGUUCUCGCCUGAUAAGGUGGACUCCAUGAUCAUCCAGGCUAUCAAGAUGCUUGACGACAUCGACAAGGAGCUCAACGUCUACGCCAUGAGGACAAAGGAGUGGUACGGAUGGCACUUCCCCGAGAUGGCCAAGACCCUCAACGACAACCUGGCCUACGCCCGUGUCGUUCGUGCUGUUGGCAUGCGAGACAACUUCAAGGAUGCCGACCUUUCUGACAUUCUGCCCGAGGACGUUGAGGCUGCCCUGAAGGCGAAUGCCGAGCUCAGCAUGGGUGUCGAGAUUACCGAGGAUGAUUUGAAGAACGCCAUUGACCUCGCGGAUCAGGUUAUUAAGUUUACCGAGUACCGGGCUCAGCUGACGUCUUACCUGGAGAGCCGAAUGCGCGCCAUUGCCCCCAACCUGACUGCUCUGGUGGGCUACUUGGUCGGUGCCAGGCUCAUCGCUCACGCCGGUUCCGUCCUCAGCCUGGCCAAGGCCCCCGGUUCCACCAUCCAGAUUCUCGGUGCCGAGAAGGCCCUGUUCCGAGCUCUCAAGACGAAGAAGGACACCCCCAAGUACGGUAUCAUGUACCACUCCUCUCUCGUUGGCCAGGCCACUGGCAAGAACAAGGGCAAGAUUGCCCGUAUGCUGUCUGCCAAGGUCGCCCUGGGUCUGCGUGUGGAUGCUCUUGGCGAUGAUGAGGAAGAGGAUGAUGAGCAGCGCGCUAUCCUUGGCCUCACCAGCCGAAUCAAGCUCGAGAACCACCUGCGCAGACUCGAGGGCAAGGCCCCUCUGCCCAAGGGCACCAACGUGACUCCCUCCGGUGAAAUCAUCUCUGCCGGCCCCUUCUCUCUCAAGGACACCAGCCGAUACGGCGCCGAUGCCGAUGGUGUCACCGACCACGUCAUGGGCGACGCCGAUGAGGAGCCCGCCCCCAAGAGCAAGAAGGCCAAGAAGGCCAAGAUCCAGGUUGUCGAGGAGCAGGACGUCGAUAUGGAAGACGCCCCUGAGGACUCCGACGAUGACUCCGAUGAGCCCUCUGGCAAGUCGGUGAAGAAGCUCUCGAGCGAGGAGUACGAGCGCCUGGCCGAGGCCGCCGGCCUCUCCGUCAAGAAGUUCAAGCGAAAGUACGAGCGCGGCGACAUCCAGCUCGGCCCCGACGGCAACCCCAAGGUCUUCAGCAAGAAGGAGCUGAAGAAGCUCCGCAAGGCCGAAGAGGCCGCCGCCGCCUCCACGCCCGUCAAGAGCAGCGACAAGCCCGCCGACGCCACGUCUGAGAAGAAGAAGAAGAGAAAGGCCGAAGAGAACGGCGAGGCCCCCGAGUCCGCCAAGAAGGACAAGAAGAAGAAGAAGCGCGACUCUACUGCUGCCUAG